AUGAGUCGAUGCAAGUUCCGCCCAGAGGACUACACAGUGGGAUGGGUUUGUGCCCUCCCAAUCGAACUCGCCGCAGCACAGGAGGUGCUGGAUGAGGAGCACCAGGGCUUAUCUCACCAGGAUUCCAAUGACGCCAAUUCGUAUACUCUUGGCCGUAUUGGUAAGCACAAUGUCGUUAUUGCGUGCCUCCCAGCAGGUCAGACAGGAACCAACCCUGCCGCUGUCGUCGCCGCCCGGAUGAAGUCGACAUUUACAUCGAUCCGGUUCGGCCUGAUGGUGGGAAUCGGAGGCGGUGUCCCAAGCGACAAAGCAGACAUCCGGCUCGGGGAUGUUGUGAUCAGUCAACCAGAAAAGCGACAUGGAGGAGUGGUUCAAUAUGAUAUGGGAAAGACUAUGCCACGCAGAUGUGAACGAACUGGUUCACUUAAUUCGCCACCGGAAAUCUUGCUAAACGCACUCUCCAAGUUAAAGACAAACCGCAUCCGAGGCAUGAGCAAUCUUGCAAACCACUUAUCCACGCUUAGCCGUUCGCCAGUGUUCACAUCCGAGAGUGCAGGACCCGAUAUCCUGUUUGAGUCGACCUACGAACACCUUGGCGGGGAUACAUGUGAAAGAUGCGAUAGAGACAGACAGGUCAAUCGGAACUCCCGUGGCAAUCAAGAGAUUGCUGUUCACUACGGCACAAUCGCCUCCGGGAAUCAAGUUAUGAGAGACGGCCAGUCGAGGGACUGGGUUAGCCAGGAGCUUGGUGGAGUGCUCUGCUUCGAGAUGGAAGCAGCAGGCCUGAUGAACAGUUUCCCAUGUCUUGUUGUCCGAGGUAUCUGUGACUAUGCAGACUCUCAUAAGAGCAAGACGUGGCAGCCUUAUGCAUCAGUGACUGCAGCUGCAUGUGCCAAGGAGAUCCUGUUGAUCAUCCCAGAAGACGCAGUGGCCGAAACACGCAGAGUCCCUGGAGCGAUUUUGUCUGUAUGA